AUGAUGGUCGAUAUGUCAGAGUUUGGGGAGGCUGCUCCCUACCUCCGAAAGAGCGAGAAGGAGCUGAUGAAGGCUCAGACCGUUGCCUUCGAUGGGAAGAAGAAAUGUUGGGUUCCUGAUGAGAAGAAAGCUUACGUUGAAGCUGAAAUUACAGAAAGCAGUGAAGGCAAAGUGACUGUGCAGACAACAGAUGGAAGGACCUUGACUAUAAAAGAAGAUGACGUACAGACAAUGAACCCUCCCAAAUUCGACAUGAUUGAGGACAUGUCUAUGCUGACCCAUCUGAACGAGGCGUCUGUGCUGUACAAUCUGAGAAAGCGCUACAGCAACUGGAUGAUCUACACCUAUUCUGGUUUAUUCUGCGUGACUAUAAAUCCCUACAAGUGGUUGCCUGUCUACAAGUCGGAGGUUGUUGCUGCAUACAAAGGGAAGAGGCGCUCAGAGGCUCCUCCCCACAUCUUCUCCAUCGCUGAUAACGCGUACCACGACAUGCUGCGGAAUCGGGAGAAUCAGUCUAUGCUGAUCACCGGAGAAUCUGGUGCUGGCAAGACUGUCAACACGAAACGUGUCAUCCAGUACUUUGCCACAGUGGCAGCCCUGGGUGAAACUGGUAAAAAGAACCAACCCUCUACCAAAACCGGGGGAACCUUGGAGGAUCAAAUCAUUCAAGCAAACCCAGCCCUAGAAGCUUUUGGAAAUGCCAAAACCCUGAGAAACGACAAUUCCUCACGUUUUGGUAAAUUUAUCCGAAUCCAUUUUGGAACUACAGGCAAGCUGUCAUCUGCUGAUAUUGAGAUUUAUCUAUUGGAGAAGUCCCGAGUGAUUUUCCAGCAACCUGGCGAAAGAGACUAUCACAUCUUCUACCAAAUCCUGUCAGGAAAGAAACCAGAGCUACUAGAUAUGCUACUGAUAUCUACCAACCCAUAUGACUACCACUUUUGCUCCCAAGGAGUAGUUACAGUGGACAACUUGGAUGAUGGAGAAGAAUUGUUGGCAACAGAUCAAGCCAUGGACAUCUUGGGAUUUGUGCCCGAUGAGAAGUCUGGUUCCUACAAGCUCACAGGUGCCAUCAUGCACUUUGGGAAUAUGAAAUUCAAACAAAGACCCAGAGAAGAGCAGGCAGAGGCUGAUGGCACUGAAAGUGCUGACAAAGCUGCCUACCUGAUGGGAAUCAACUCCUCAGAUUUGAUUAAGGGUUUGUUGCACCCUAGAGUGAAAGUUGGCAACGAGUAUGUGACCAAAGGUCAAAGUGUUGAACAGGUUUUGUAUGCUGUUGGCGCCUUAUCUAAGGCAGUGUAUGAUCGAAUGUUCAAAUGGCUGGUGGUCCGUAUCAACAAGACCUUGGACACUAAGCUGCCAAGACAGUUCUUCAUUGGAGUCCUGGAUAUUGCUGGCUUUGAAAUCUUUGAUUUUAACAGCUUUGAGCAAUUGUGCAUCAAUUACACUAAUGAGAAACUGCAGCAGUUUUUCAAUCAUCACAUGUUUGUCCUGGAGCAAGAGGAGUAUAAGAAGGAAGGCAUUGACUGGGUAUUCAUUGAUUUUGGCAUGGACCUGCAGGCCUGCAUUGAUUUGAUUGAGAAGCCAUUGGGAAUCCUGUCUAUCCUUGAAGAGGAAUGCAUGUUCCCGAAAGCUACAGAUAUGACGUUCAAAUCUAAACUCUAUGACAACCAUCUUGGCAAGUCACCUAAUUUACAGAAGCCCAGACCUGACAAGAAGAGGAAGUACGAAGCUCACUUUGAACUCCUUCAUUACGCUGGUGCAGUUCCCUACAACAUCAUUGGAUGGCUUGAGAAGAACAAAGACCCACUUAAUGAAACCGUAGUAGGUAUUUUCCAAAAAUCAUCCAACAAACUCCUGGCGAGCUUGUUUGAAAGCUACGUUGGCGCUGACAGCGGUGACCAGGGUGGAGAAAAGAAACGCAAGAAAGGUGCUUCUUUUCAAACGGUGUCAUCGUUGCACAAGGAAAAUUUAAAUAAGCUGAUGACUAACCUAAAAUCUACAGCCCCUCACUUUGUACGAUGCAUUAUCCCCAAUGAAUCAAAAACUCCAGGUGAAAUGGAUGCAUUCCUUGUCUUGCAUCAGCUCCGCUGUAAUGGUGUCCUGGAAGGCAUCCGCAUUUGCCGUAAGGGUUUCCCAAACAGGGUGCUUUAUGCUGACUUCAAACAAAGGUACCGCAUUCUGAAUCCAGGUGCAAUCCCAGAGGACAAGUUUGUGGAUAGCAGAAAAGCUGCUGAAAAACUGAUGGCAUCUUUAGAUGUUGACCAUACCCAAUAUCGUUUUGGACACACCAAGGUGUUCUUCAAGGCUGGUCUCCUGGGCCAUCUAGAAGAGAUGAGGGAUGAGAGACUUGCAAAAAUCUUGACGAUGAUCCAGGCAAGAGCACGCGGCAGACUGAUGAGGAUUGAGUUUCAGAAGAUAGUGGAGCGCAGGGAUGCUCUUCUUGUAAUUCAGUGGAACAUCCGUGCUUUUAUGGCUGUCAAGAACUGGCCCUGGAUGAAGCUUUUCUUUAAGAUCAAACCUCUUCUGAAGACUGCAGAAACUGAAAAGGAGAUGGCCAAUAUGAAGGAAGAAUUCUUGAAACUGAAGGAGGCCCUGGAAAAAUCUGAAGCCCGGAGAAAGGAACUUGAAGAAAAGCAAGUUUCUUUAGUUCAGGAAAAAAAUGAUCUGCUUCUCCAGCUCCAAGCU